GAAAAAAGGACCAUUUAUAUACUUUUUUGUUUUUCAUGCUGUGGACAUCCCAAUUUAAACUAUUGCUCUACCUUAUUAAACACCCACAGGGUUACAGUUUGUGGACACGUUUUUUUUUUUUUAGUUUAGUUUAUUUCAAACAGAAAACACAUUUUUUUUAAAUACCACAAACUGAAAAAAUACAUAUCAUCAUCCCUUCUUCUCUGUUUGAAAAGGAGUAGGCUGAAGUGGAAACUUAUAUGUCCCUACCCCUUUAUACAAGUAAGUUUUACUUGUUUACUAAAUCUAACACAAAACCUACAUUAAAACAAACAAAAUUGUAAGUCACCAAAAACCACCAAACCAUUUUAAACAAGGAAAGUUGAGUUUAUGUAAAAAUCCACCGUUAGAAGUGUCAUAUAGUUUUACGUUUAUGAUAAAACACCCAGAUGUUUUAAAAGUGAGACAUGCUUCAUUCUAAAUGUUGAAAAGCAAAAAAGUAUUUUUAAUUAUUAUAAAUUUUUUGCACAUUUCUCUUAAAAUGACAGAGCGCACAUUUUGCGCCUUAAUUGAUUAUUUUACACCUGAGUUGAAUAACCAUUAGAAAAGCUGCGCAAAGUCAAUAACUUACCGCAAGUAAACGGAGUUCUCUUCAAAAUAAAAGCAUUGGCGCUUCCUGAAACGCGCAUCCGUCAGCUGCGUUCUGUUUUUGACUUUUAUUCUGAAUUUUGACCUGGUCCUUCCAUCCCGUCUGUUCCAAAUUGUCCGUGAUGCAGCUGGCGUUUGGAGAGUUCAGCACCACCAGCAGUGGGUUUUCUCUCCGGUGCAGAAGAGUUCAAACGCCUCCUUCCUCUUUCUGCUCCAGGAUCGGAACCCAAUCCUGACCGCCUCGUUUGUUCUGGAUGAAUAAUGGGCUGCGCGAUUUCAGGUCUGGCAACAAAAUCAGAGUUUGCGCUGAAGGACGGAGAGGAGGAUGCUGCUGCGCAUCCCAGCGAGGAGCAGAUCCAGAUUAUCAAGGAUUCGUGGAAAGUUAUCCGGGAUGACAUCGCCAAAGUUGGAAUUAUUAUGUUUGUCAGGUUGUUUGAGACCCAUCCCGAAUGCAAGGAUGUCUUCUUCCUGUUCCGAGACGUGGAGGACCUGGAGAUGAGGACGAACCGGGAACUCAGGGCACAUGGCCUGCGGGUGAUGUCGUUUAUUGAGAAAAGUGUGGCCAGACUGGAUCAGCCAGAGAGACUGGAAGCUCUGGCUGUGGAGCUGGGCAAAAGCCAUUACCAUUACAACGCUCCACCUAAGUACUAUAAUUAUGUGGGAGCAGAGUUUAUCUGUGCGGUGCGCACGGCGCUAUGAAAUCAACCGUCUCUAAAGAACAGACUGUUCUCAUAUUCAGAUGUAUAUGUAGUUUAUUGGUGUGUUUUUUAUGUUUGUUUAUUUGUUUUAUCACAUUAGAUCACGUGAAUUUAAACAAAAGC